UCUGACGCCGGCAAUUUUGUUUUCUCAGACAAAUCUUCAUUUUGUUUCGCCCCCCUAUUUCUCUGCGGUCAUAUGUUCCUCGCGGGUAAACCAUCACCAGAAGAUUUUCCGAUCGAUUUUGCUCCGCGCAAGUUUCAUCGAGAUCGAUUUUAGGAAUCAGAACGUGUCUCUGCCAUUCUCUAUUUGAUCUACUCGGAGACUGUAAGAAGGCGGCCAUAUGGAUUCUAAUCAACAAAAAGGAGGAGGUUCAUCGAGAUCUCCAUGUCAUACUCCACGCUCACUUGAUAAAUCAACUCGGGAUCUGCGAGGAGCGGAAUUAAACUCGAGUUCAAGUAACAAGAACGAUAAAGAUAAGGGUGUGAAUAUACAGGUUAUUGUGCGUUGCAGACCUUUAAAUUCGGAGGAGAGAAGAUUACAAACACCGGUGUUGAUUACGUGCAAUGAGCGUAAAAGGGAAGUGGCAGUAGCUCAGAAUAUUGCUGGAAAGCAGAUUGACAGAACAUUUGUGUUCGACAAGGUCUUUGGUCCAACAUCCCAACAAAAGGACUUGUAUCACCAGGCAGUUUCUCCAAUUGUGUUUGAGGUUCUUGAUGGGUAUAACUGCACCAUCUUUGCAUAUGGACAGACAGGAACGGGGAAGACUUACACAAUGGAAGGAGGAGCAAGAAAAAAGAAUGGUGAAAUUCCAACUGAUGCAGGUGUUAUCCCAAGAGCAGUGAAACAGAUCUUUGAUAUUCUGGAAGCUCAAAGCGCUGAAUACAGUGUGAAAGUAUCGUUUCUAGAGCUCUACAAUGAGGAACUAACAGACCUUUUAGCUCCAGAGGAAACAAAAUCCUCAGAUGAUAAAUCAAAGAAACCUCUAGCCCUCAUGGAAGAUGGAAAAGGUGGUGUUUUUGUCCGAGGAUUAGAAGAAGAAAUAGUGUGUACUGCAGAUGAGAUUUACAAAGUCUUGGAGAAAGGUUCAGCCAAGAGACGCACUGCAGAGACUCUUCUUAACAAACAAAGUAGUAGAUCUCACUCUAUAUUUUCAGUUACGAUCCACACUAAGGAAUGUACUCCAGAAGGAGAGGAGAUCAUCAAAAGUGGAAAGCUAAAUCUGGUUGAUCUAGCUGGUUCAGAGAACAUUUCUCGCUCAGGUGCUCGAGAGGGGAGAGCCAGGGAAGCCGGGGAGAUAAACAAAAGUUUGCUCACACUUGGGCGUGUUAUUAAUGCAUUGGUUGAACACUCUGGUCAUAUUCCAUAUAGAGAAAGCAAAUUGACAAGACUGUUGAGAGACUCCUUGGGAGGGAAAACAAAAACAUGUGUAAUUGCUACAAUUUCGCCCUCUGUUCAUUGCCUAGAAGAAACACUCGGUACCCUUGAUUACGCACACCGUGCCAAAAACAUCAAAAAUAAACCAGAGGUUAACCAAAAGAUGAUGAAAUCAGCCAUUAUGAAAGAUCUGUACUCUGAAAUUGAACGGUUGAAGCAAGAGGUAUAUGCCGCGAGAGAGAAAAAUGGAAUUUACAUUCCAAAGGAGAGAUAUGUUCAAGAAGAAGCAGAGAAGAAGGCAAUGGCUGAAAGGAUAGAACAAAUGGAAGUGGAGACAGAAGGUAAAGAUAAGAAAAUUGUGGAGCUUCAAGAGCUUUAUGAUUCGGAGCAGCUUGUAGUUGCGGAGCUGAGAGAGAAACUUGAUAAGACAGAGAAAAAGCUCGGGGAAACUGAACAAGCUUUGUUUGAUCUCGAAGGGAAACAUAGACAAGCAAUUGCGACAAUUAAUGAGAAGGAGUAUUUGAUAACUAAUCUCCUCAUUUCUGAGAAAACACUUGUUGAGCGUGCUGUUGAGCUUAGGACAGAGCUGGAUAAUGCGGCAUCAGAUGUCUCCAAAUUGUUUGCUAAAAUUGAGAGUAAGGACAAAAUUGAAGGCAGUAAUAGAUUGCUCAUCCAAAACUUCCAGUCACAACUGAUGAAACAACUUGAGCUCUUGAACAGCACUGUGACAGCUUCAGCGAGUGAGCAGGAAAAACUGUUGAAAAACAUAGAGAAAUUUAUGAGUUCAUUUGUAUCAGCAAAGACCGAGGCUACCGAAAGGUUAUCGGGAAGUUUAGCUGAGUUGAAGAUAAAGUAUAAUUCAAGCAUCAAUUCUUUCGAUGAAAUAACUGGGAAGCUUGAAGGAAACUGCCAAUCAGCUUUGAACGAAUUGACCUUAGAAUUGUCAAAGCACUCGCACACCCUGGAAGAUCUCUUCCAAGGAUUUACCUUGGAGGCUUAUGCGCUACUUGAAGGACUUCAAGGUAGCCUUCACAAGCAAGAGGAGAAGCUCUCUGCUUUCACACAGCAACAGCGUGACUUGCACUCAAGAUCACUAGAAUCUGCUAAAUCCAUCUCCACAGUAAUGUUGAGCUUCUUCAAGACUCUAGACAUGCAUUCAUCAAAGCUAACAGAACUAGCAGAUGAAGCACAAAGUGUCAAUGAGCAUAAAUUAUCCGUGUUCCAGAAGCAGUUUGAGGAGUCCAUUGCAAAUGAAGAAAAUCAAUUGCUUCAAAAAAUGGCGGAAUUGCUGGCAAGUUCGAAUGCUAGAAAGAAAGAACUGGUUCAAAUGGCUGUGCAAGAUAUUCGUGAUGGCUCAUCUACCCAAACCGCUGCAUUACAGAAGGAAAUGUCGACAAUGCAGGACUCGGCUUCCUCCAUCAAAGCCGAAUGGAAUGCUCACAUGGGCAAAAUAGAAUCUCACCAUACCGAUAAUAUCUCUGCUGUUGAAGUUGCAGAGCAAGGAAUGAAGGAGAUGCUUCUGAAAUGCGUGGAGAAUGCAAAAAUCGGAACACAACAAUGGAGAAACGCUCAAGAAUCUUUAGUCAGUCUACAGAGCAGAAACGUGGCCUCUGUAGAUUCAAUUAUUCGAGGAGCACAAGAAACCAACGAAAACCUACGAGCUCAGUUUUCAUCUGCGGUCUCAACCACUGUGCAAGACGUGGAUUCUGCAAACAGCGACAUUCUCUCAUCUGUUGAACAGUCGUUACAACUCGACAAAGACGCUUAUACCAAUGUCAAUUCUGCAAUUGUUCCUUGUUCCGGAAACUUGAAAGAACUGAAGUCCGGUCAUGACGGAAACGUAGCAGAAAUCAAACAGAACGCUGGGAAAUGUCUUGGCAAUGAAUACAAGUUGGAUGUACCGUCAUGUUCAACGCCGAGGAAGAGAAAUUACAACAUCCCGACUAUUGGAUCGAUCGAGGAACUCAAAACUCCGGCAUUCGAAGAACUCUUGAAGACUUUCAGAGAUUUGAAAUUUACCAAACAACUAGCAAAUGGAGAGGCAAAACACAGUAGCAAUGGUUUGCCCGUAACAGAGUCUCGAGCUCCGUUAAUGACCAUCAACUGAAAAAACAGAACAGAACAGAGAAACACCCAUCAAAGGAGUGAAGAAUUUGUUCCAACAUAGUUCUUGUCCGCGAAUCAAGAGGACUAUCUGGCUGGUCUGAAUGCGAGAUGUUCAACAGAU